CUUGCCGUGAAGCCGAUAUUUGAAAGUAGUUCUUUUAAUUUAGUGAUAAAAACUAGUGAUAUUUACCGUAAAUCAUUUCUAAAUAUCGUUUUUAUAUUGUUUGCUAUCGGAGUUAAUAGCUUCUAAUUGAAUUAAGGGUGCACAAUCAUGCUCAACGAAAAUAUAUGCGUUGCGCUGUACAAUGUUUUCCCGGUUUUACAGGAUAAGCUUACCGUUGUACAUGUCACGGACGAACAAAUUUCACAACUUUCGAUGCAGCUGGAAAGGCUAGGAAACCUGCCGAUAAUCUACGAAACUAUCUUCUUCAAAAUCGAUCGCAUGAUGCGCUCGGAAACGGUGCCGAACUUCUGGCGCCAUUUUCAAGGGGAAACUGAUUCGGCCCCGAAAGAUCAGCCGCUGAAAAAUCAACACUUUUUCCGCUUUCAACGAGCCGUCAGCGAGCUGUACCAAGAUUUCGGACGAUAUUACCUUCAGCUCAAGCGGCUCCAGAAGGUAAAGCAAGGGGUGCCGCUUCCGGUCGAUGUCGCUAGGAAACCCAGUGAUUUGAGUGAAUUCAAUCGGAUGUUUCGGUGUGCUCUCCUCGCGCAACUUCCGACCGAUUUCAACGAUUUGGUGUAUGAGUUCUACAGCAUCGCAUUCAAGGUGUUUGCCUUGACCCAUGCGGACGGAGACGAUUCCAUGGAAGUUCCUGACUCGUUUCAGUGCACCGCCUGUGGUUUGGAAUCAACCAAUUGUCAGUGUCAAAGUUUGGCAAAUGCUUUUACCAGUACGAACCAGCAGCUGGCCACCUUGGGGCUUUUGGAUAAAAUUGCUGGGUUUACACUGACGGCUUUGAUCCAGGAGAGGAUCGACGCCAAGAUUGGGGAAACGAAGGAGAAUUUUUCCGUUUCGCAUAUGGAGUCGUUGGAGCGAUGGCUGAACACGGUGGUGCUGCAAUGGUUGACGAGAAUCUACAAUCGCGGUUCGUUGUCCAUCGGGACGGGGAAUGGGAAGAUUGAGGAGGCCAUUCGUAACUUCCAGACUAAGUUGAGCUUCUAUUUGUACGAGAACUAUGCGAACACGAUCAUAGAGCAGUUCUUCGGGAUAAUUAUAGACUUUCCCAUGUCUCAAGCCGCCAUCGAUGACUUGAAAAUCUGCAUGGAAAAGAUCGAUUUGAAGAGUCACUUGGUGAAGACCAUGAAGUGCACUUUGAAUAAUAAACUUCUGCAUCCGGGAGUUGAUACACCGGACAUUCUGACUGGUUACGUGGCUGCGAUCAAGGCACUGAGAUAUUUGGAUCCGACUGGAGUGUUGCUGCAGACGAUAACGGAACCGGUUAAGGAGUAUCUUCGAAAUAGACCAGACACAGUCCGAUGUGUUGUCACCGGAUUGACGGAAGAAGGUAGCUCAGAUUUGUCGGAUGAGCUCGCGAGAAGUGAAUACGCUAGGGCUAAAGCGAGCUCUAAUGAGAAACUAGAAUUGACCGAUUGGGAGAACUGGAAUCCCGACCCGGUAAAUGCGGAUUUGGCCGUAGCGAAGGACCCUCGAUCGGGAAAGCCUUCCGAUAUUAUUUCGAUGGUGGUCGAUAUCUACGGUAGCAAAGAGUUGUUCGUGAAUGAAUACCGGAAUCUACUAGCGGAGAGAUUGCUAUCUCAAUUGGAUUGCAAUACGGAGAAAGAAAUGCGCAACUUGGAGCUUCUCAAAAUUCGUUUUGGCGACACAUUGCUGCACAGCUGUGAAGUUAUGUUGAAAGACAUUAACGACUCCAAACGUAUUAAUUCUCACAUUCUAUCGGAAGAAUCAGAACUUGAUGGAGAUAAACCUUUCGAUAUGUCUGCCUUGGUCGUUUCUUCCCAGUUUUGGCCAACGUUCAAAAAGGAAACUAUGGAAUUACCUCCAGCGAUCAAGGCAAUGUUUGAUCAAUACACAAAGGCGUUUGAGUCAUUCAAGGACAAUCGGACCCUCCACUGGACUCCACUGAAUGGGAGGGUCGUCAUUGACCUGGAAGUGGACGGAAAAACAACCGAAAUGCUAGUAACCCCCGCGCAGGCCACCAUUGCCAUUCACUUCAGCGAGCAAAACGAAUGGGAACUGGAUAAGCUUGGCCAAAAAAUGAAUAUGCCCCCGUCAAUCCUGCGAAAGCGACUGGUAUUUUGGCAAGCUCAAGGCUUGAUCCGAGAGGCUACGGAAAACUACUUCGUGCUGAACGACCGCAACAAACCGGAAGCAGCUGAAGAAUUACAAGUGCAACCACCGGAAAUGUGCGAAGAUGAUGACACCGAAUGCGCCAUGGAAUCCGCGAGCGACCAACGGGAAGAGGAGUUGCAGGUCUUCUGGUCGUACAUCGAAGCGAUGCUUACGAAUCUGGAUUCGCUGCCACUGGAGCGCAUCCAUCAGAUGUUGAAAAUGUUUGCCUCUCAGGUGGAAUUCACCCAGGAAGAGCUAAAAAAAAUUCUGCAGCGAAAAGUCCGAGAGCAUAAGCUUGUAUAUACUGGCGGAGUGUAUCAAUUGCCCAAGGCUUAGGAUUCGAAUAAAUGAAACAUCGUAAAACUA